AUGCUGUGCUACCGGAAGCGCACGAGAAAAGAGCUGAGGGAGGUGGCAUGGGACCAGUGGUUGUCAAGUCCUAUCCCUAAGGCUGGGUGGUCGCCAUUUGCGUGCCGGAGUUGCUUCCGCGAGGGCGAGCCUGUCCCGCUUCAUAGACGUCUCGGUUGUGAGCACACGUUCCCGGAUGAGCUCAAGGGCCUGACGCCGGUGGAGGAGAAGCUGAUCGCGCUGAACUCGUGCUACGGAUUCCACGUCAAGGGCCACAUCACGGUGUUCCCAAACAACGUAAUGGACGAGAUCCACGUCUCGUGGCAGGGGGCGCUAAGGCCGACACCGAGCGAUCUGUCGAGUCUCCUAUCGAGAUGGAGAGCUGGGGGAGACCCGGCCCACGGGGUGCCGCCGUUGGUGUACGAGCGCCUGGAGCGGAACGAGCCGUCGGCGUGGGAGAAGACGCGGACGGCGCACGUCGUGCCGCCCACGGAGCGGGCCAUGGACGACGAGGGGGCGGUGGAGAUCGAAGAAGUCCUCGCCAUGCUCAACCAAGGGGAAAGCACGACGAGUCGCGAGGCCGGCGAGCCAGAGGCAAGCGAGGUGGACGAGGUGCGUGGUCAGAGCUGCGGCGAGGCCGAUGAUAAUGCGAAGACGGUCAACGAGGUGACCUCGUCAGGGAUGUUUGCGUUGGACGGACCGCCCGACGUGGCCGACGUCGACAAGCUGCGCAUGCUGAGCGUGACGAGGAAGAACUUCCGCAAGGUGGAGCGCAUCGUACGGUCGCUGACCGCAGACGGGUUAGCGGCAGCUAGAGCCGAGCUGGAGAGCACAGGCAAGACGACCGACGACGGCGUGAAAGAGCUUCUCAGGAGCCUCUCGCUCUAUGGCUAUCGUCAGCCCAUGUCGAGAGAGCUCCGUCUCAGUAUGCGGCACAAGAUCCUGGCGCUCAUCGUCCGCUACGGCGUGCCUGCGAUCUGGUUCACGAUCAACCCAAACGACAUCACGAACCCGGUGAAGCUCCGACUGGCAGCGUACCGCACGCGCGACCCUGAGGCGGCCGAGGAGUUCCUGCGGAGCCUCGAUAUGUCGUUCAAACGGGUGAGGCUGUCCGUCUCCGACCCGAUGAGCUCAGCCAUGUUCUUCCACCGGGAGAUGACGCUGUUCUUCGAGCAUUACGUAAAUGCAGGGGAGUCGGUGUUCGGGCGCAUCGGCCACUACUACGGUGCCGUGGAGACCAACGAACGAGGAUCCCUUCACGUCCACGGGCUGCUCUGGUUACACGGAAACGCGCACCUGAGCUCCAUGCUUUCCGACGCCCACGGGGAGGAGCAGGCGGCGUACCGUGAGCGAAUCAUCCGCUAUGUCGAUAGCGUCUUCUGUGAGGACUUGGACCAGGAAGGCUUCUGCGCCGUGCAGGCGGAGCGUUCGGUGACGUCUGACGUCUCAUCCCUGCUGGACAGUGCCGAGCAGUUCUCGGCCGGAUUCGAAGAGGAAGCCAACUUCUGCGCCGGCGCGACGCAGAUCCACACCCACAGCCCGACAUGCGUCAAGUACUCCCUGGGCAACAAGGGGCGAAGGGGCGACCUCUGUCGCUUCAAGGCGCCAUGGAAGCUGGUCGAGGAGACGACGCUCACAGGACGGCGUGCUGCGGAUCCGCAGGACGCAUCCCAUGGUGAAUCGGUGGAACAAGGCCAUCGCCGUGGGCUCCGCCACAACCACGACAUCUCCUUCAUAGCGACGCAGCGGAAGACCAUGGCUCUCGUCUAUUACGUGACGAAUUACGCGACCAAGGUAGAGGACCCGACGUGGAAGCGCGUCGCCGCGGCCGCGGAACUGCUGCCCGUCGUCGCAGCAGGUGGCCAGCCGGGUGCCAGGGAGGAUGCCGGAAAUGGCGUCGUCGGCGGCGACGACGGAACCAAGAAUAAUAAGACGCGGCAGUUUCUGAUGAGAGUGGCGAACAGGAUAUUCACGGAGCGCGCCCUGUCGCAAGUCGAGGUCGUCGCCCAUCUCCUGGGAUACCCGAGCGAGUUCACGAGCAGCAGCGCCUGGGCGUACCUGAACGUGUCGGUGCUCUACUGGCACGUCUCCAGGCGCUGGCGACACCUUCGGCAGGAGAGCGGCACCGCGGUCGCAGACGUGUCCGUGGACGAGUCGGUCGCCGUGGAGGAAGCAGGCGAGAGGAUCAGCUUCGCCGAGGCGUACCAUCAUCGCGGACACGUCCUACGAGGCUUGUGCCUAUAUGACUAUGUUUCGCUCGUCAGGCUCCAACGCGUCGGCAAGGACGGGUGCUCCGGUGCCUGGGAGAGCAAGGAUUUCGAGCAAGACGACGAGGAACAAUGCCACCGCCGAGCAGCCGUGCAGCAUCUUGCCCUAUUCGCGCCGUGGAGACCUUUCUUAGCGAAGAGCGAGGCGACAUCAACGAGAUAUGGAGGCGCGCACGAGAGCGGCUUCCGCCAAGAACCUCGUGCCUCGUCGAUAACGUUCAACUACUCCGGCGGUCCGCCGAGGACGCAAAGCGAGACGCCAAGCAAUGGGCAGCGUCGUCCGGCGACGGGGAUCCGGCCGGCGCACCUGGCGAUUGGGGGAGGAUGGGGAGGGCCGGGCGAGGCGGACCGCGAGGCGGGAUCCGCGUACCAGUCCGACAACGUCGGAAACGCAACGCGACUGAUCGAUGUCGUUAGAAGCGCGACCGGCGCGAACCAGAUCACGGCGGGUCGCGGGAGCUUUCGGGAAUGA